AUGCUGGAAACCGCUUAUGAACCAUUACAGGAUGAUGAAAAUCGAAAGGAUAGAAAACUGAUGUAUGUUAGGUCGGAUGUUGCAAGAGUAUACAGACAUGAUAAGAUGAGAGUGGUUUGUGUACUGGUUAUAGAUAAGGAUCAAAAUGCUACUAAUGUCUGGUAUGUGGAAUCCAUAGAGGAGUGCAACUGUAUGCUGCCGCUCUCAGACAAGAAGACUGUAACCACCGAUGAAGGAGAAGGGGAUCCCGGAUCCACCGACGCGGCAUGUAGCUGGAAUAAGCGCCCCGCUGUACGAAAGAUGGACCUCAAUCAACAUACGAUUGUGGUGGCCAAAGAAUUCGUCAACAAAAGUCGAAACUUCGCGUGGACUGUUACACGAUCGAAGUUUAUGCCGUUGAAGUGCUCUCAUUUGGCAUUGUGA